AUGCAAUUCUCCAGCCUCUUCCUCGCGGCUGCCGCGCUCGCCGCCGUCAACGCCGCCGUUGAGUUGACCAACUCUGCCUACAAUAUCACCGCCGGAUCUACCUUCACCAUCACCUGGUCCGCAUCCGCCGGCCCUGUCACCCUCACCUUGAAGAAUGGACCUUCUACCGACCUCAAGACCGUCAGCACCAUCGCAAGCGGUCUUGGUAGCGACUCCUUCACCUGGUCUGUCCCAACCAGUAUCCCAGCCGACACCUAUGCGAUCGUUAUCGAUGAUGGCUUGACCAGCAACUUCAGCCCUCAAUUCAAGAUUGCUGGCGCAUCCGGAACAGCAUCAGCCUCCGCUUCAGCCUCCGCAUCAUCAUCAUCUGCAUCUGUCACCUCCAAGGCCUCCUCCUCCUCUUCCGCUGCCGCCAGCACCACCUCUUCUGAGUCUUCCAGCUCAACCAGCGCGUCGAACUCUACCUCGACUUCUUCCGGCAGCUCUUCCAGCUCAACCAGCUCUAAGUUAUCUUCAAGCACCAAGACUUCAUCAUCGCCUGCAAGUACCGGAACAAGCACCGUGCCAAACACCAACUCAGGAGCCGGAGAACUAGCCUCCCCACUGGCCCUGGUCUUCCUCACCGUCGCCGCACUCCUCAGCCUCAACUAG